AUGAAUGAAAUUGAAGAAAGUGAUCCCCUCCAACUCUUAAAACAAUAUAGUAAUAAAGAUAUACUGCCUGAACUCAUCGAUCCGGAGGGUAAUGUUGUCUCGUCUCUUCGAGAGGCGGCUUUUAUAAAGUUUGACAAUAAAACAUUUGACAAAAAUACAACCACAAAUUUCCGAAGUGCUGCCACAAAUGAACUUCUUCCUUUGUCAGUACUAUAUCACGCAACCAUAACUAAAAAGUUAGAUCUAGUCCACUAUAAUGAAGAUGCAACAAAUGAAAAGUUCCCGACACGUUUAGGCUUUGUAGACAGAAGAAAUUGGCUUGACUUUUUAAAAGGAAUAAUCUCCUCAGUUUCAGAUUUGGGAAAAGGUUCAUUGACCCGAAUUUAUGAAAAACGACCUUUUGAAGAUACAAUUGAUUCAGAACAGCAGUUGGCGGCGGAAAGAAGAAGAAAAAGGAAAGUGGAGUACGAAAAGGAUAAGCUAUGGAGAGAAAACUAUCAAAAAAAAAAAGAAAUUUUACCGAAAUCCGUAUGGGAGUCCGUACUUGAAAGUAAAGCCAAAGAUGAAAAUUAUUCAUUUUUCAUACAAAUUGCAGAUGACUUUUUCUUAAAAACAAAGAAAGACCCUCAGGAUCGAGGUGGACAUUUAAGAACUUCAGAACCCAUUCAAAGAACAUAUCAUCGUAUUCAAAAUAGGACGAAAUCUCCUCGGGUUCCAAUUGUUCUGGUGCCUUCAGCUCCAUCAGCUUUCAUCACAAUGUAUAAUGUCAAAGAGUUACUUCAAGAUGAACGAUUUGAAGAUCAGAUUAAACUUCGAGAUAUCAAAUCAAAAAGAGAGAGACUGAUUCAAAUAACUCAUAAAGGCAAACAAUAUGAAUUUAUAGAUACGACUGAUAAUUUUCAGGAUUCAGAUUGGGAUCGAGUUGUAUGUGUCAUCACUGAUGGAAAUGAAUGGCCCUUCAAAAAAUAUAAAUGGAAAACUCCUCAAGAAACUUUUAAACAUGUUUCAGGAAUUUAUUUCAAAUAUUAUGGUGACGAUAUUAAAAAAUGUGUUAAAACUUGGAGGAAUGUAAAGUGCAUUGAUAUUCAUCGUGAUUUACGUCACCGUGAUCCUGAAGCCUAUAUGGAAUUUUGGAAUGUGGUAGAAAGAGUUGGAAUCUAA